GAGAUCGAUAGCGAUGAUGACCGCCUCUGUCGCGUCGACAAGAACUGUAAUCAAGUCCGUACACUGAUUCGAAACUUCCUGAAUGCUGGCGAGAUGAAAGUCACCGAGUUCCAGAGAGCCAUCGGCUGCUCGGCCAAUGCAUACACUCGAUUCAUGGGUCAGAAUGGACCAGAUAAAGGCAGCGGAUCGGAUGUGUACUACAACGCUUUCAAGUUCUUCAAGAAACGGGAGCUGCAGGGUAUCAAAUUGCCCAAGAAGAAGGCAAAGCCAGCCGAGGAAGCUGCAAAGAACGAUGUUUCUGGCAUUCACCUUGAGGGCGAAACAGAUCAAUCUGUACCCGUCUACGACUCCUGCGAUGAAAUCCGUAGAAAGAUCAGGGCCUACCUUCCAACGCCCGGCGUCACCCAAGCUGGCUUCCUCCGCGAGAUUGCGAAGACAUACCCGGAAGGCAAGAAGAUACAGUCAAAGGUGCUGAACGACUUCUUGGGUAAACGAGGACCAAAUGCUGGAAAUACAAGCUCGGUCUUCUAUGGUUCGUACGUCUUCUUCGAGAAGAUGCGCAUCAGGGACAAAAAGCCAAAGUCCAAGCAUAGGGAGACCAUGGAGAAAGAAUACGGAAGUGAGGGAAUGGAUACCAAACACAGGCUCGAUGGUGGUAUUUGGUGUUUGCAAGGAGAGCGACCAUACGAGGAUAAAUACGGAAAAGUUCAUAUCGAUGGUCGCUUUUGA